UCGCCGGCGAGCGCUCAGCGCGAGUGGUACGAAUCGUAUGUAUGCGUGCAGCAGUCGCCGCUCUUUUUAAGCUAUCCGGCAUCUUUCUCAUUCAGGGAAUCCCGAAUUUCCCCUAAUUUUUCGUGAAAACAUCCCUUUUCAAGUGAAAUCACCCUUUCCUCUAAAAUUCUAAAUUUCAUCCUGCCAACAUUUUGCACAUCUGCAAAAUUUCGUUCAAGUGACAUAUUUUACAUGACAGUUUAUUGAAAUUGGUGUGUGCACACUGGAUUACGAUUCGCAAUCUGUGAUUUUUUUGUGUCUCCUGAUCUUCAUAUGAAAGAAAGACAUUUUCAGAUUGACCGAGCAUUCUGCAGCCCCACGUGUCGACGCAUCUGUCGGUACUCUGUCGCGACUGCUACCACCACCACCAGUACUGUCAUCAUCGAGUCACUUACUCCCGGAUAAGUCCCGAGGACGCAGAGAAAGUGAAGUGGUCGGUCGAAGAGAGAACUGGAAGCGUAGUCGAGAGCCAAGUGGCGCCUCACAACUUCGAGUGGUUGCUCUUGUGCCUUCAUUACGCGAAUUCCUGCGGCUAUCAGUAACCCUGGAAGUAGCUUAUCCUGAAAACUAGAGGACGAGGACCUCUGGAUCGGCAAUCCUAGACUACUGGAGAAAAACAAUUCAAAAAGAAGUUCUUUAAUGAACCAUCCCAGAAGAAUCUUGGUUACCAAGGAACAAUUAGGGGAUGAUGUUACCCAUUUUCAUUGAAUAACCAGCGGACACUUCAAAGUCUUUCUGAACAUUCCUGAAUCUAAUUUGGUCUUAACCGCGAAGUGCAGAAGUGAUUUUCGUGGAUGAAGCUCGUGAGGUAAUUUAGCUUGCAGAAUAAUUACAAAGCGGUUUUCUGCCAUGGAAAAAAAGAAGUUGUGAUUACUCGCUCAGAUUCUGGUCUACGUUUGGAAACCCUUGGAAACCGCGUGUGCCACUUGUUUACACUAUAUUGCUUCCUGGCUCUUGUGAGUAAUCUCUUGGGCUGAAGACCGAGAAUUUUGCGGUGGACCGCGAAUGACCACGGCACCGGUUCCUGGGAAGGUUGGAGAACGGCUGGGACCGGAGCUGGAGGUAAAAGGGAAUCCGAUCCAAGUUAGAUGCAAAUCGGUGACAAUUGGCGCGUAUUGUCGUGUUUGUAAACACUUUUAUCAAAGCACGGAUCUCCUAGUGAACAAGACUCGGUUUACCUAUAUCGUUGAAGUGGGUCAGUGUCCUCCUCUCGAGCACGUGCGAUUUUAAUAUGUGAGUGAGGAUCGUGGUCGAUGAUAAUAGCCGUUUUGUGAGAAAAGGCCAGCGUGAAAGUGACCAGUGAAUCGGAUGAGCAUCGAGGACGGAUAAUGUGUCUACGUGAUUUCAACGUCACCUAACGUUUUGCCCUGCCGGCUGAUGACAAACGUCAACAGGAUCAGGGUGGUCGUCCUCGGCGGCCCCAGAGUCGGCAAGUCUGCUGUCGUCGUUCGAUACUUGACAAGGCGUUACAUUGGCGAGUAUAGCUCGACUAGUGAUUUCCUCUACCGGCACAGCGUUCCUAUCGAUAAUGUUACUACCGAGGUCGAGAUACUGGACACUUCCAGGUGCGAGGAAAACAAUUGUCUCUAUUCACACAUAAGAUGGGGAGAGGCAUUCGUCAUUGUCUACAGUGUGACGUGCAAACGAAGCUUUCAGGAGGCGAGAGGACUCCUGAAGCAACUGGCGGAUCUCCGCUUGCCAUCCUACUUCACCGCCCUUCUACUUGGCAACAAGCGAGAUCUCGAUCAUGCUCGAGAGGUAUGUGUGGACGAGGGUCAGCAGUUAUCCUUGGCCCAUGGCUGCCAAUUUUACGAGGUCAGUGCCGCGGAGAGUCCUGCAGGAGCGGCCCUUGCCUUCCAGGCCCUUCUUCGGGAGGCCCGUUCUGUUCAACUCCUUCGAGCCUUACCCAUCAGGCGGAAGUUGGGGGUCCAUUCCGUCUCAAGGGUACUGGGUACCAUUUUUGGGAAAAACACGACCAAGGAUCGAAAAAAGAGGCCUUCCUUGAGUAUAUGACGCCUCCUGUGCGCCCUCCUCUUCGGUGGACGUGA